AUGGUUCUCACGGUUCUCACACCAGAAGAGAUACUAAACAAUGGCAACCGACCUAGGAUUCUUCAAGUUCUUCUUUCUGGACACUUGCGGAGAACAAUUGCUGAUUCGGUUGGAAAGCAGAGUCAACGCAAGAGGAGAGUACUUUCCGAUAUCUAUGGCUCCGAGAUUUUCCUGUCCCGAUUGGCUCCCCACCCGACUAACCCUUACUUUGUGACCAAAAUUAACCCGAAGCGCAGGAGUGAAUUCUACAUCCCAAAGCAAUUGAUGCGCCAUGGAAACAUCGAACUUGCGGAGAAAAUCAUAUUCGAAGAUCCGAGCGGGAGGCAGUGGAUCGGCAAUCGGCAGACGUGGAAUAACAGCCGAGUUUUUUACACAAAGGGAUGGAGACCACUUUGUGAGUGUAACUCUGUACAAGACGAUGACUUGUGUAUAUGUGAGUUCACUAAGGAUGAAGAUGGGACUAACUUCAUAAAUGUUAGUUUUGUCCGUGGUGGUUAUUAG